AUGUUAGCAUCACGAAGAGGUCCAGUUAGUGAAGAGCAAGAAAAUGCAAAUUCAUCUAUUCCCGGAUGGCAAAGGGCGAGUAGCGUACCGGCGCAUAAGAGGCCCGUUGUCGUUUCAACAAGAAAUGCUGGUACAGCAGGCUCAGUCAACGAUGAAGCUUUUCAGAAGGCGUUCUUAGAAGUACCUAAAUGUGAUAUUUAUUCUGCCAAGCAACUCAGAGAAAAAUUCGAUGAAAUGUGUAGAAUACUUGAAAAUACUGAUAUCGACUGGAGCAAGCGAAUGAAUGCACUAAAAACACUUCGUGCUAUAAUCAUUGGAGGUGGUCUCGAUUAUUCAGAUUUUACAGAAGAAUUACGUGAUUUGGAGGUAGCUUUAUCAAAUUCCAUCAAAGAUUUGCGAUCUCAGGUCUGUCGAGAGGGAUGCGUCACUGUCGCUUUUUAUUGCGAAAGACUCGAAACGAGGAUGGUGAAUCUAGUCGACAGUUUGAUGCCAACUUUAAUUGGACUUUUGCAGAAUAGCGCAAAAGUUAUGGCUACGAGUGGGCAAGUUGCACUUAAAUAUAUAGUACGAUAUGUUCGUAGCCAAAAACUUCUGCCACAUCUUCAUACAGCGAUGUCAUCAAAAUCAAAGGAUAUACGACGGUUUGUGGCUGUACUAAUAAUGAUGGCAUUAAGUACUUGGGACAACCGUUUAAUCGAAAAGAAUAUGGCAAUUUUCAUUGAUUGUAUAAAAAUGAGUGUGAACGAUCCAGAUUCAGAAACGCGUACCAUUGGCCGUGAUAUGUUUAUGCAGCUUGAUCCAGAUUAUAAGCAACAACUUUAUAAGACUUUAGAUCCUUCAAAGCAACGUGCGCUAUCUGGUUACCUGUCGCAAUCUUCGUCAUCACAGUCAAUUAUUUCCGAGAGAGAUUCUUUGCCCGUAUCUCAUAGGAGUGCCGCUUAUGCUUUACAUAAAACCAGCCCAUCUUAUUACACUGGACGAUCUACAUCAGAUAUUGAUCCUGGUGCAGCACGAAGAGCAACAAGCCGCAGCCGUGUACCACCAAAAUGGGGAGUUCCACCUUUGCAACAAGUUAAUGGUAGUAAUUCUGCUGCACCAGUGCGAAUCCCAACUAGCCAGCGUCUUGCUUCUGAUUCGCGGAUUAUACCAACUUUACGUCGUGGCAUAACUACAGCUCCGCCGGUCAAUGUAACAUCUACUAACAAUUUUGCAAGAUCGCAGCCUGAUUCAAUUUUAGCUGGAAGUCGUAGUACUUCUCCUUCUCCAAAAGUUCCAUCUUCACGACUGCCACCUCGGACAAUCGGAUCAUCUAAUCGAUUGCGUCAUCAGACGGAAGAUUUAGAUGAUCGUGCUUCAGUGAGCACAACCUUGAAUUUUCAUUUAUUUAUUGAAAUUAUGAAAAAUUUUAAUUUUCGGUUUGAAACUGUUGAACUAACAACAGCAUUAUCCUGUUGCUCUUCUUCAUCGAUUUCGGAGAAAAAAGACGGUCUUAAAGCACUUAGUGCGAUACUCUUAAGUGAAAAACAAAUCAGUUCACCUGAUUUGAAAAAAAUCGCUGAUCGGUUGAAUGUGCUUAUUGGGGAAAGUUCACAUAAGCUGUUACAACCAUUGACUGAUGUUGUUAUCACAUUUGUGAGAUUAUAUCAUCAUGAUUUGGGUGAUUGGUUGAAUCAGCUAAUACCAAAAUUGGUGACAAAAUAUUCGAAUGAUGUAUUAUUGAGCAAUCAAGAGAAAUUCUCGAUGAUGCUAGAUGCUGUGCGGCAAAAUUUCAAUCCGGAAAAGCAGUUAAAUGCUGUUUGUAAAUUUAUACAGGAUCCAAUACGAAACAAUGUUACUUUCAAGGUAAAAUAUGGUUUGUUGGAUUAUUUGCAUAAAUUAAUGCAAAGUAUGGAAGUAUGGAAAUCGAUGAAUCAAAGUGAAGUUCGUCAAGCCAUCAAUAAAAUAUUUCAAUGGGCUAAUGAUCCAAAAAACUCUGGAUUAAUGACUUUGAGUGAAAAAAUUAUUAGUGACAUGUUUCAUCUGAAUGCCAGUGAUUUUACAUCAAUGAUCGCAACAUAUCCGAAUGAUUUGAAAGAUCGACUGCAAGCAAUUGUCCGAAAAAAUAACCUUCCAUCAUGCAAUAUGAAUGGCAGCUUCAACAUAUCAAAUGAUACUCGCGCUGACAUUUUAGAAACAACUGCUCAGAUAAAUGAAUUUGUGGAUCAAAGAAAUGUAUUGCCUUCAUGUGUUUUACGAUCUCAUUACCAGCAAAGUACACCGCGACGUGAUAGUACUGAAAGUGGUGGAAUGCAGCGCGCAAAUCGUGAGGAUGCAAAUGGCAAUUUAUCUGGCUAUAUCUUGGAUGCGCAAGGUUUUGCUGCUGAUUUAGCGCAGCAAGAAGAACUUAUCACCAAGAUUGGAGAAGAAUUAUCCUUGCAUAAUAAGAGAAAUUCUGAACGUAUGAGAGCAAUGGCAGUGCUAUCACAAAUCACGAGAGAUAAUUUGUUUUCUUUAUGGGACAAGCAUUUCAAAAUGAUCUUUCUUUUGCUUAUUGAGACACUCAAAGAUAAUGAUCCGGAUAUUCGAAGAAUGGCCUUGAAGCUCUUAAAAGAAAUAUGGUGUUAUUCUCAAGCACCAAGAUUCAAUCACUUCGCCGAAAUGGCACUAAUACGGGUUCUUGAUGCGUGUACAGAUGAAGCAAAAUUUGUUGUAUCAGCAGCAGAAGACUGUGGUAAUGUUUUGGCGACUCAUGUCUCUUCUGCAACAUGCCGUCGGGUUUUACUUGCAGUUAUUAAAUCAGAUGUUGGUGAGGCAAAAAUUCUUGUGGCUAUAAAAAUGUUGACAAAAGUUAUCGAAUCAUUAAGCGUUGAAGAAUUGCAGUCCGUUCUCAAUGAAAUUGCUCCACCAAUCGUUGAUACAUAUAACUACGAGAAUAGCUCAAUUAGGAAGGAAAGUGUUAUUUGCCUGGUAGCGAUGAUAUUGAUCGUUGGUGAAGAAUCAAUGGCUCCUUAUUUAGCGAAAUUAAAUAAAGGAAAGCAAAAACUUAUCGAUGUCUAUGUUCAACGUAUGAAAAAACCAACAUCAUCGUUAUAA